ACGGCUCCGUGUCUGCUGCUUCUCCCCAGGGGUCCUGCGGGCCGUGGUGGAAGCGGCCAGCUCGGGCGCAUCGGUUCUGUGCCUGUGCGAGAAGGGAGACGCCAUGAUCAUGGAGGAGACCGGCAAGAUCUUCAAGAAGGAGAAAGAAAUGAAAAAAGGUAUCGCCUUCCCGACGAGUAUAUCGGUAAAUAACUGUGUCUGCCACUUCUCCCCCUUGAAGAGCGACCAGGACUACAUCCUCAAAGACGGAGACUUGGUCAAAAUCGACCUGGGAGUCCACGUGGAUGGCUUCAUAGCGAAUGUAGCACACAGUUUUGUCAUAGACGCCUCCAAGGAAAACCCCGUGUCGGGCCGCAAAGCCGAUGUCAUCAAGGCAGCUCACCUCUGUGCUGAAGCCGCUCUGCGCUUGGUGAAGCCCGGAAACCAGAACACGCAGGUGACAGACACGUGGAACAAAAUAGCCCACUCGUUUCACUGCACGCCGAUCGAAGGGAUGCUGUCGCACCAGCUGAAGCAGCACGUGAUCGAUGGAGAGAAAACGAUCAUCCAGAACCCUACAGACCAGCAAAAGAAGGACCACGAAAAAGCAGAAUUUGAGGUCCACGAAGUUUACGCUGUCGAUGUUCUUGUCAGCAGCGGAGAGGGAAAGGCCAAGGACGCUGGGCAGAGAACUACCAUUUACAAAAGGGACCCCUCCAAACAGUACGGCUUGAAGAUGAAAACCUCCCGUGCCUUUUUCAGCGAGGUGGAGAGGCGCUUUGACACUAUGCCAUUCACUCUCAGGGCAUUUGAGGAUGAGAAGAAGGCCAGGAUGGGGGUGGUGGAAUGCGCCAAACACGAGCUGCUCCAGCCUUUCAACGUCCUCUACGAAAAGGAAGGGGAGUUCGUUGCACAGUUCAAAUUCACAGUGCUCCUAAUGCCCAACGGCCCCAUGAGGAUAACGAGCGGCCCCUUCGAGCCUGAGCUCUACAAGUCGGAGUUUGAGGUGCAAGAUGGAGAACUGAAGGCCCUUCUACAAAGUUCUGCAAGCCGGAAGACCCAGAAAAAGAAGAAAAAGAAGGCCUCCAAGAACGCAGAGAAUGCCACCACGGGAGAGACGGCGGAGGAGAACGAGGCUGGCGACUGAGCGGCUCCCGCUCCCUCCAUGUAGCACCCACUUCACACACACACUCGCCCCUUUCCCCCCCCAAAAAAAAAGAAAAACCAGAAACAAAAUCUAGCACUGUUUGUCUCUUACGACCAAACAACAAACAGUCUGGACGUCCCACUGACAACAACCAGCUCCUAUUGACUUUGCCAAUGAGGGAGGAUUCUCUCAGCCACUUCAGACUACUUAAAAAUAAAGCAGGAAAACAAAAUGAGGAGUAAAAGCUAGUCUAUAUCCACUCUUUGUAACCUUUUAUACUGCUCAUACUUGUUAAAGAGGUGAACAACCAAGCCGUUCCCAGUGAGAGGGAGUGGAGAGAGCUGCUUGCUUUCUUCUUCUUCCUUCUCCCUUUUUUAAUUUCUCCCUUUACAGAUUUUCUUGGAGCAAAAAAAAAAAAAAAAAGUGACCUGUGUUUAGUGACAUGGUACGCGCGUACGGUGUAAGGUGAGCGGCCUCGCAGCGCUGUCUCAGCUCCUCCCCGGCCGCGGAGGCAUUUCUGUCUGUUACCUUGGGGCAGAGGGUUUCUCACUUUCUUUUAGCCUCUAGAUUGUACAUUUCUCAUUGGAAAAACACCAAAUUCUGUGUCCCCUGUGAGACUGUAGGCUGUCCUGUCUACCGCGCUCUGUCUCUGCCUUGGUUUACGUAUAAACGCUCUAUUUUUUAA